UUCCUGUCAAUUCGCCAUUGUGUUGCCAGGUAGCAUUGCAGUGACAAGCUGUUGACAAUAUUGUGAUUACCUGCUUCCCGAGGCUGGAAAUAAGUAACUGCACGAUGGCAAAAGAAUGUUUAGAUGACGCUUCUUUCACCAACCUGCUUGCCAGUAUAAAUCAGGAAACAAAUGGAGCACAAAAUAAGCUGAAGAAACUGUACAGUUCCAGGGGAUAUUUUAGUUCAGCACAGGCAGCCACGGUUUUGUAUGCAUUAGCCUGCCCUGCUGACAAGGUCAAGGCCAUCCAGAUCCUGGAGCCACGACUUUGUCGGAUGACCUGCAAGGAUUCCCGUGACAUUAUCGGCGCCGUGAGCGUCCACAACGACAAACUCAUUGUACUGAACUGUGUCAAGAGGGUUUUGACAGAUUAUCAAACCAGACUCGGGGAGGAGUACAUCUUGAGUGCUUUCCCAUUUGAGCACGACAAGCACCAGGCAUUGCAGAUACUUCAAACUGUACGCUCCGAUGUGGCCGACAAGGUUCCGGCUGGAGGUCACCAAGGGUAUGCAGCCCUGGGGGGUCUGUACACGCAGUCCCGCCCCCUGGUGCCACACCUGUACGGGGGCCUCCUGCACCAGACUCUCAGCAUGGCCGGUCAAGGCCAGAUUGAGAUUCCGGUAACAGCGAAAACUAAUUCCAUGGCAUCCAUGUACUCAAAUCAUCCCUCGUACAUGUACCCCAAGGACAAGAGCUAUGCAGAGACCCGAGGCUACCCAGGACAUGUUGGCUUCCCCGCCACUAUAGACAGUGUACCAGCAUACCCAGGGGGAGCCCCGCCCCUGGGCAGACACAGUGGCGCCCCCGCCCCAACGGGCUUCCCAUCUCUUGAUGCAUCAGGGUUUGCAUACUAGAUAUGAUGGUGGUGUAUACAGUUUGUGAUAUUGUACAUAGUUGCUGGAUUUCAGAGAGAAUGUCUGAUGAGGUGUGUGGAAUCCGAUCAUUCAAAAUGAUUACUGGUGUGGACAUUCAGAUUGGUUAACAUCAGAAUAUCAUGUUUUUAAUGUCUCAGAAUUGUAUUGUUCUAUCCCUGAUGUCUCAGAUUUAUUUUUCUUUAAUUGGUUUAUAUCUAUACUUGAUAUUGUAUAUCGUUUUUGAACUGUUUAUCUCAUGCAUUUUUACAAUAUUUUUCAUUGUGAUGUCUCAGAUAAUUUCUGUGAGGAAUCAGUAACUUUGAUAACACAGUGCACCAACAGCAUUGCCAUACUGGCCUUGAGAGUUAUCUCCCUUGAUACACAAUUAUUUGAAAGCCAAAAACACCCAUUAGAUUGUAUGUAGGAAGUUGUCAAUUAGAAUUUUAAGUGAAAAAUCCGCAUAAACAGAGAGGGUGAAACUUUCAAGAUGAUAUUUCAGCAUUACUCAAAGACAAUGCAUUGUGAGUCCGCUUGCCAAAAUAUGUACACAAUAUGUAGUGAAACAGAAUAUUUUUUUCUGCCUACAGUACCUUUUUAACCAAAUGUUUGUAGCUCUGGGAGCUGUUUUGAAGACUUACUUUUCAACGCCAGGUAUCAGUGGAGUGGAUUUACAUUGGUAUUUUUAACAUAUGUGGACUUUAUAUACCUGUAUACAAGUAUGGGUACUUGAAAGAAAGAUGCAAGGUAUCCCCUUGUGAUGUUUUAUAAUCUGCAUCUUAUGUAAAUGACUGUACAAGAGUUUCUACAGCUUUACAAUAUCCCAGCAUUAUCAGUGUACCCAGUAUACUUACCAGUAUUACUUAUUAUUUACCUAUGUCUUAUGCUUGUUGUGUGUGUUUUUUUGAUUAUUUACAAGAAACAAUAAACAAAAAGUCUCUCGAA